CGUUAGUGGAGAGCAGAGCAGCAGAACAACAGAGCCAAGGAAAGUGCAGCCCUUCAACACAGCAGGCAAGCAGACCAGGCUGCCCUCAGUUAUCAGGCCAUUUAGCGACGUUAUUGAGAGGGUAGGACAGGGUUCUCCAUCAAAGUAGCAAGCUUGGGUGAUGGACAAUGUUACACUCUUUUACAAUUAAUUGAAUUAAAGCUGUACUUUAUUUAAAUAGCACUGAUGGUGCCGAGCGCUGCGGGAGGUAGCUAGCUAACGUUAGCUGGUCAAGUAGCCUAAACAAGUUUCCUGGAUAGACCAGCCUGGACAACCUUUCGACAUUUAGGUAGCUACAGAAGCAACUUAUCCUGCAAGCUAACGUUAAAUAGCUAGCCAGGUUAUUUUGUAAGUACAAUUUAUCUUAAUGAAACCGGUUCCCUAGCAUUCGGGUUUGCGCAUUACUGCCGUGGAGCUCAGACUGCAGCCACGCAGACCAACCCCGGGCAGUUGAAGUUGCAAGGCUGCCUGCUGGUUGCGGAGUUGUGGGGCUCCCUGCUGACCCCAACGUCCCUCCGAUGAACCCCAUGAACUCCAUGAAACCUGGCCUGCCUCCUAAUCCACACAGUGACGGCUCCUACCCUUAUGACCCUGUGUCCUGGCAGCAAGGCAGCAAUCAGCCGGCAGGCUCCCUGUCUGUGGUAACCACAGUGUGGGGGGUGACCAAUCCUUCACCCAGCCAGGUCCUGGGUGGGAACCCGAUGGGCCCAGGUGGGAACUCUGGCGGGGGCAACAUGAUGCCUGGCCACAGCCCUGGGAUGGGCCAGCAGUUUAUUGGUCAACAGGGCUACCCGGAGCCCAACAAAGGCUACAUGCAGCAGGGCAUGUACGGCAGGGGCAAUGGGGGAUACCCUGCCGGGCCUGGCUACGUGGGCAGUUACCCCAAUAACGGAGGGGGGUCUAUGGGCAUGCCCCCUCACGGCAUCCGCCCUCAAACAGACUUCACCCAGGCGGCGGCGGCAGCUGUGGCCGCAGCGGCUGCCACAGCAACGGCCACAGCCACGGCAACGGUUGCUGCUAUCCAGGAGAAGCAGAACCAGGAGAUGAACUAUGGCCAGAUGGGCGGCGGCGCGGGCUACAACACACAGUUCAUGCAACACCCGGGCCCCAGAGGUCCCCCUGGCAUGUCCCCGGCAGGGAUGGGUCCCGCUCGUCCCCCGUCCAUGGGGCCCAUGUACGGAGCCCCUCAGGGCCAGAGGAUGCCCCAGCACCCGGGCUACCCCGGGGCUCAGCAGGGACCCCCCAGGCCGCAGCAGGGACUCAAACGCCCAUACAACGCUGAGGGCUUUCCCGGGCAGCAGUAUGGUCCAGGCAUGGCUGGCCCUGCUCCUGGUCAGGGGCCCUACCCUGGGCAGCCCAUGCAGUACCACGGGGCCCCGGGGCCCCAGCGCUCAGCUACCUCCCCCUCCUACCAAGGCCACAAAAUGCCCAUGCAGCAGGGCAACAUGGGCCAGUACCCCUCGGGACCAGCCCACCCAGGACAGUACUACAAGUCGGAGCAGUUCAACGGGCAGGGCAACACGCUAAAUUCACUAGCAGCCGGGGGAGUCGGUGGACCUUACAACACCUUCAACCAGGCUGCAGUCAAUGGGCCGGGCAGGGCGAUGCCUGGUUAUCCAAGCUCUCCCCUUCCUGGAAACCCCACCCCACCCAUAACCCCGGGCAGUGCGGUGCCCCCCUACAUGUCUCCUGGCCAUGACGUCAAGCCCUCUUUUCUGCCUGACAUCAAGCCAAACAUGAACUCCCUACCCCCACCACCCCCCACAGGUAACCCCAGCGACGACCUGCGGCUGACCUUCCCCGUACGAGACGGCGUGGUGCUGGAACCCUUCCGCCUGGAGCACAACCUGGCCGUCAGCAACCACGUCUUCCAGCUGCGCGACUCCGUCUACAAGACCCUCAUGAUGAGGCCGGACUUGGAGCUCCAGUUUAAGUGUUACCACCACGAGGACCGUCAGAUGAACACCAACUGGCCAGCGUCGGUGCAGGUGAGCGUCAACGCCACGCCCCUCACCAUCCAGCGCGGUGACAACAAGACUUCCCACAAGCCCCUGUACCUGAAGCAAGUGUGCCAGCCUGGCAGGAACACCAUCCAGAUCACUGUCACCGCCUGCUGUUGUUCGCACCUGUUUGUGCUCCAGCUGGUUCACAGGCCGUCAGUGCGCUCGGUGCUGCAGGGCUUGAUGAAGAAGAGGCUGUUGCCAGCGGAGCACUGUGUCACUAAGAUCAAGAGGAACUUCAGCAGUGGCACCAUCCCAGGGACGCCGGGGCUGAAUGGAGAGGACGGGGUGGAGCAGACAGGUAUCAGGGUAUCCCUCAAGUGCCCCAUCACCUUCCGCCGCAUCCAGCUGCCAGCGCGGGGCCAUGACUGCAGACACAUACAGUGUUUCGACCUGGAGUCCUACCUGCAGCUGAACUGUGAGAGGGGGACCUGGCGCUGUCCUGUGUGCAAUAAGACGGCUCUACUGGAGGGUCUAGAGGUGGACCAGUACAUGCUGGGGAUCCUCAUCUACAUUCAUAACUCGGAGUAUGAGGAGAUUACCAUUGACCCGGUGUGCAGCUGGAAACCCGUUCCCAUCAAACCCGACCUUCACAUCAAAGAAGAGCCGGACGGUCCGGCACUGAAGCGCUGCCGCACCCUGAGCCCCAGUCACAUGAUCUUGCCCAGUGUCAUGGAGAUGAUCGCCUCCCUGGGCCCAGCCUCAUCGCCCUACCCCUCCAUGCCAGCAGGGGGAAACGGCAGUACUCCGGACUACCCCAGCCAAGGAUUGGGAUACCCUAACCAGCCUGGGUUCUCAGACUUCCCAAAUUCCCCUGGCACCCCUAAUGUUGGGGAGUUCUCCUCGGGACCACCCCCCCUCUCCUACCAGGCUGAUUUGCCAAGUGGACUCCUCACUCCAGACAAACCUAUCGGACAUCCCAUGUCAUCCCAGAUUCCCCAUUUGGGCCGCAUGGACUCCUCCCACAGUUCUCUCCAGCAUCAACAGCAUCAGCAGCAUCAAGGCCUCCACGGCAACUCGCACCUCGGGGGACCAGGGGCACCCAUGAUGCAGCCUCGCAAUCCCUCCCAAAACACCAGACUACACACAGAAAGCUCCUUUGGGUUAGGGGGUCCCGCUUGCUCAGAGGUGCCAGAGCCUUCCUUGGAUUUACUUCCUGAAUUGACAAAUCCAGAUGAGCUGCUGUCUUACCUUGGCCCCCCCGAUUUACCGAGCAACAGCAAUGAUGACCUACUCUCCCUCUUUGAGACCAACUGAGUCCUGGUGCUCCUCUCCAGUCUCCCAUGGUUCCCUGCAACACAUAAACUACAAACGAGAAGUAUCCCACCUACAAUGUGGGUAUUAAAAAUACUUCCUGUAAUAUAAGAGCUCCCCUUGAGCCGAAAAUGGCCGUCAGUGGUGGGGGUGUCGAGAGGACUUUUGAAUAUGAGGAAAAUCUUUGAUGUCCUUUGUCUGACUAUAAACUAUGGUAAUAUUUUGUUUUAUAUCUGUAAACAAUUCCCGCAUCCAUUCCCUUGUUACUACCUUUCUUGCCCAAGGAUCCAAUUUUAUUUAAAUGCUUCCUUACUAGAAUCACAUUUAUUGUAUGUCAUUCAGAAGGGAUUAUAAAUGUAUGUACAUUUUCUUAGUCAAUGCAGUUGUGAUGCAAACUUAUGUCCAACUGAAUUUGGUGAGUUUGAAAUGUCCAUCAAAGUAUGAUUAAAUAACACCUUUUUUAAUUUACAAUAAUAAAUUGAAGAUUAAUACAUUGAGGGGAUGCCCUAUGUGUUUCAAAGAUAAACGAGAAAAUAUGUAUUUUCA